AUGUACAAUGAUUUCGGUUAAAAGAAUGGGGAAUGGGUUGAAUUAAGCAAAAACUUUUGGCAGUAUUAGAAUUUCUAAUUUUAUUAUUAAUUAGUCAGAGUUAAAUUAUUUAUAUAGGUAAAUACAAGGAUGGUAAAAAGGUUGGAAGAUGGACUACAAAAACAAGGGAAAACAUAAAUUUAUAAUUUUAAUAAAUGUAAAAAUUUAUUUUAUUUAAUUAUCUUAGAGCUGGUGGAUCAUAUGAUGAUUAAUAACAAAAUAAUACUGAAUUUAAAAUAGGAGAAUGGGUUGAAUUAAUUGGUGAUGGAUAUCGAAAGUAUUGUGUAUUGGAAAGAUAAUUUUCAAUUAAUAACGAUGAAAUAACCUUUAAAGGGAAAUAUCAUAAUGGCAUAAAAAUUGGUGGUUGGAAUUUUAUUUAGAAUGGUUAAAAGAUGUAAAAGAAAAAAUCAUUAUUCUUAAAUUAGAGGAGGUGGAUAAUAUGAUUAACAACAAAAUUUAGGAAUUAAAAUAGGAAAAUGGAUAGAAUUGAGUGAUUGGUUUUGUGAGUAUUAGAAUUUAUUUAUACUUUUAAUAGUAUUGGAUAAGCUAUCUAUUCAGGUGAAUAUUAAAAUGGGAAAAAAGUUGGUAAAUGGAAUAUUUAAUUUAUGGAUCCUAAUACAAAUUAGUAUACAUAAUUGUAUCAAUACAAAUAUUAUAUUAAAUCAUUUAUAUUAGUGGUGGUGGUAUUUAUAAUGAUCAAUAAUUAAAUGAAAUGGAAAUUAAAAUAGGUUAAUGGAUUGAAAUAGUUGAUUAGCCUUAAAUGUAUUUUACAAUCAUUUAAUCUUUUUAGGGCAAGCUAAGUUUUUUAUAAAGGUGAAUAUUCAAAAGGUUAGAAAGUUGGUAGAUGGGAUAUUUACAUUGAUGAUUACAAAAUAGGUAAAUGUACCUGGAUGUAUUAUUCUUAUUUUAAAUUUUCUGUUAUAAGAGGAGGUGGUUUUUAUGAAGAAAGGUAAAUAGGUAAUAGUAUAAAGAGAGGAAAAUGGUUGGAAAUUUGUGAUAAAUUUAGAAGGUAUUUAAAUAUAUUAAUUUAAUUAAUAAUUAUAAAAGUGAGAAAGAUAUCACUUUUUAAGGGUAAUAUAGAAAUGGCAAAAAAAUUGGAUUAUGGUAAAUCAAUUAUAAGGAUAAUUUAAAAAAAACAACGAAAUUGAUGUAAUAUAUAUAUAUUUAUUUCUUUAUUCAGAGGAUGCGGUGUAUAUAAUGAUAAGUAAGAAGGGUUUGAAAUUAAAGAAGGUUUAUGGGUUGAAUUAAGUGAUUAAUUUUGGAGGUAUUUACUUCUAUAAUUAUAAUUCCUAUUAGAUUUAGUUAGGUUAGUUAUUAAGGUGUUUAUAAAAAUGGUAUAAAAAUUAGUAAAUGGAAUACUUAUUUUAGAAAGGACGAAAAUAAUUAGGAUAAUCUAAUGUAAAAAUGAUAUAUUUAUUUAUUUAUUAGAGGAGGAGGAGAAUAUAUCAAUCUGUAAGGGUAAACAAUUAAGUAAGGAUAUUGGAUAGAAAUUUGUGAUGACUUUCAUAGGUACUUAAAAUAAAUUAUGAACUUUAUUUUAGGAACAAAUAAAUUACAUAUUAAGGAGAAUAUACUAAUCUAAAAAAAGUUGGAAUAUGGUAUACUUUUUUUUAUUGGAAUAAAAAUGAAAAAAUGUAAAUAUCCUAUUUUAAUAUGAUAUUAAAGUGGAGGUGGAUAAUAUGAAGAUAAAUAAGAAGAUGGUGGAAUAAAGAUAGGUAAAUGGAUUGUUUUGGAGGACAUUUUUAGAAGGUAUAUUAAAAUUUAAAGAAUAAACAUAUUUAGUGAUAGUAAAGUUAUUUCAAAAGGAUUAUUUGAAAGAGGUAAGAAAGUAGGUAAAUGGAAAUAUUAGUACAAAGAGAGAAAUAAAUUUGAAUAUAUGUAUAAUAAUUUGAUUAUUUAAAGUGGUGGUGGAUCUUAUGAUAAAUAAAAAAUAUUAGGGGAUGAGAUUAAGAUAGGCAAAUGGAUAGUACCAUUUGAUAAUUUUAGAUGGUACGAUUAUUUUAAUUAUUUUAAAUUAGUGAAAAUUAAAUUACUUUGAAUGGUGAAUAUAUAAAGGGUUAAAAAGUAGGUAGAUGGAAUUUUUGUUGGAGGGAGAAACAUAAUUAACCAUUUUCCCUGAUGUAAAAUUUAGAAAUAAUUUGAUUUUCAUAGUGGAGGUGGAAUAUAUGAUGAAUAGUAGUAGGCAUAGAUUGAUGUGAAAACAGGAAAAUGGAUUGAAUUAAGUGAUCAAUUUCAAAAGUAAAAUUUUUUAUUAUCCUAGUUAUAUUUAAGUUAUUUAUCAUGGGGUUUAUAGAAAUGGUUUUAAAAUUUCUAAAUGGGAUGUUAUGAAGAGAGAAAAUGGAUAAAAGGAAUUUUAAAAAGUGUAAAUAUUAUAUUAAAAAUAUCAAUAUAGCGGUGAAAAAGAAUAUAAUGAAUGA